AUGAUGGAACACAAGACAGAGUACCCUCACUAUGUUGAUGGCACGGUGCAAUUCAAGCAUGAGCAGAGUGAAUCAACCUUGGUGGUCUUGUCCGAAUGGGCUCAAGUGGAAAGGCAUUCUCGCGCGGGCUCCGAUACCUUUGCCCUCUACUUUCCAGAAAGCAUGAGCCUCCAGUACGACGAUGAGCUGGAGCGUCGGCUCGCCAAAGACAUGCAACAGUGGCCAUUCUUUCAUCUCUUGCCGCCCAAGCUGCAGCAGCUUGCCGUGCACCUCUCGCAUCUCUGCUCGUACAAGUCCACCUUGAGCUAUGAGCGACGAGUCCUGCUGCACCGCCACGUUGCGUGGAUCUUUCUCAUGGACGACGUGACAGAGACGAUGCCGCUGUAUGGGCUGCACGACACUGCGGGGAAGCUGUAUCUGGAGAACCUCAAAAGCAUCGUCGUGGGCGGUGAGACGCAGGACAUGGCCCGGUUCGAGAACCAAUGCCCGGCAGCAGUCAUUGACGCAGCCCACCUCGCGCAAAGGAUCCUUGCAGAGGACUUGAUGCCCUUGAAGAGAAAGCUGCUCUCGAGACAGCACGUUGGGCUGUGCAGCGAUCUCCUCAAUCAAUUCUUUGACUCCGAGUACGACGAAGGGAAAAAGUUUUGCACCGAGGCAUCGUCGCAGGAGGUGCUCCAAACACGCGCCAUUACGGUUGGUGGCUUGAUUCCCAUGGCCUUGACACUGUCGUCCGAGCAAGCAGAGAAAUGCGCGCUCGACAACAACCCAGAGAUGCUGCAGGCAUCCGUGCUGAUGAUUCUCAUCAACGACAUCAUCGGGCUGUACAAGGAUCUCAAGGCCGUCGAGCAGCAAAAUGAUGGCUCUGCGUACUUGAACCUCGUCCGAGUGGGGAUUCGAGAACACAAUCUUACUGAAAAGGACGCGCUGAGGCUCUACAUUGACAGGCUCAACCGGCUGACCUGGUCGGUUGAAUUCUACCAGCUAGCGUAUCCGUCCUCCCGCCAAGGCCUGCAGGUAGAGUGCUUGAGGCUGGCUUUCAACUAUCUGGACUAUCAUCUCUUUGGAAUAAUGGGAAAGCCAAACAACCGUUAUGGAUGGAGGCACAAAGAAUAA